AUGGGCACGUCGUACUACACCUUGGGCAUUGCCCUCUUCGCGGCAAUAGGUACCUUUCUCUUCGGGUUCGACACCGGCAUCGCCACAACGACAAUCGCACACAACUCAUGGAUUCAAUACAUGGGCCACCCAUCAAAGGGUCUCACAGGCGCUGUAGUAGCAGUCUACAUUGCAGGCGAGGCCCUCGGAGCUCUUACUCAGACCUUCGUCGGCGACAAACUUGGGAGAAUCCGGUUCAUGCAGAUGAUGUGUGUCAUCGUCACCAUAGGCACUGUCAUCCAAACGGCAUCCAUUAAUAUGGGCAUGUUCCUUGCUGGACGAGCACUGGCUGGAUAUGCGGUAGGCGGCCUGGUAGGUACGGUACCUAUCUACCUUUCCGAGAUCUCAGCGCCACAUCAGCGAGGUCUCAUUGGCGGCAUCUCCGGCUGCGGCAUCUCUUUCGGCACAAUGGUCUCCAAUUGGGUCGGUAUGGCAUGCUCCUAUGCAAAUUACGGACCCGUACAAUGGCGUCUACCACUCGGCAUCCAGAUCCCAUGGGGUAUCAUCCUCUUCAUUGGUCUUUCCACGUUCAUGCCGGAUUCUCCUCGCCAACUUAUUCGUAAAGGCAAAGUGGACAAAGCACGUAUCGAGUUCAUCAAGAUCCGCCGCGACCUACACUCCACAGACGCCCAGGAGGAGUUUGCAUUGAUGCACAAAAUCAUCGAAUAUGAGAUGGAGCGGGAGAUCAAGUCCUACAAGGAGAUCUUCCGCCUCUUCCGCCGAAGGGCCAUGGUUAGUAUUGCUGUCCAGACCAUGACGUCUCUCACGGGUGUGAACGUUAUUCAGUACUACCAAACGAUAUUGUACAAGGGUCUCGGUAUUGGUCCACAGACUAUCUUGGCCCUCGCAGGUGUAUACGGAACCAUGGCCUUCCUGUCCAAUGCUUUGACCACGAGGUUCUUGACGGAUCAAUGGGGCCGCAGGAAGAUGAUCUUGACUGGUCUGUCUGGUAUCAUCGUCAUCGAGAUAUAUGCUGCGAUCAUGCAACUGAAAUUCCAGAACAGCGACAACAAAGUCGGCAAAGGCUUCGCUGUGCUCGGAAUCUACUUGUUUGUUGUCUGCUACUAUGGCAUGCUCAACUCGACAACGUGGCUCUACGGCGCGGAGGUCCUGCCAAUCGCUCUCCGAAGCAAAGUCAUGGGUCUGGCAGCCGCCUCACAUUUCCUUAUAAAUAGGGAAGCCUGCUUACCUGUAGUUUUAUAG